AUGACUGCGGCGGCGAACUGGGUGGCGAACGGGGCCAGCCUGGAGGACUGUCACUCCAACCUCUUCUCGCUGGCUGAACUGACGGGCAUCAAAUGGCGUAGGUACAAUUUCGAAGGUCAUGGGGACUGUGGCCCCAUCAUUUCAGCCCCAGCGCAGGAUGAUCCCAUUCUGCUCAGCUUCAUCCGCUGCUUGCAGGCCAACCUGCUGUGUGUGUGGCGUCGUGACGUCAAACCGGAUUGUAAGGAGCUGUGGAUAUUCUGGUGGGGAGAUGAACCCAACCUCGUAGAUGUGAUACAUCGGGAGCUGCACAUGGUGGAAGAAGGACUGUGGGAGAAUGGACUUUCAUAUGAGUGUAGGACCCUGCUCUUCAAAGCAAUUCAUAAUCUUCUGGAAAGGUGCUUGAUGGAUAAAAACUUUGUAAGAAUUGGAAAAUGGUUCAUCAGACCCUAUGACAAGGAUGAGAAGCCUGUUAAUAAAAGUGAACAUUUGUCGUGUGCCUUCACGUUCUUUCUUCAUGGGGAAAGCAACGUGUGCACAAGUGUGGAGAUUGCUCAGCACCAGCCCAUCUACCUGAUCAAUGAAGAGCAUAUCCAGAUGGCCCAGUCCUCACCCUCACCCUUCCAAGUUUUGGUGAGCCCUUAUGGUUUGAAUGGUACACUCACGGGCCAGUCAUACAAGAUGUCAGACCCAGCUACUCGCAAACUGAUGGAGGAAUGGCAGUAUUUUUACCCUAUGGUGCUGAAGAAAAAAGAAGGCAUGAAAGAGGAAGAAGAGCUGGGAUAUGAUAACGAUUUCCCUGUGGCAGUUGAAGUCAUUGUUGGUGGUGUAAGGAUGGUGUAUCCUUCAGCCUUUGUUCUCAUCUCCCAGAGUGACAUCCCCAUGUCACAGAACGCUGCCAGUACCGGAGGCCAGAUAAAUGUGGGACAGCAGGGGCUUGGAAGUGUGAAAGAUCCUGCUAGUACCUGUGGGAUGCCACUCACUCCACCCACUUCUCCAGAGCAGGCUCUUAUGGGAGAAAGUGGAUGCUCUCAGAGCAGUGUCAGCCAUUCAGCUGUGCAGGAGGGGACAGUCAGUGUGCACAGUCCAAAGAAAUCAGGCAAGAUUGCUCCAAAAUUUCACAACCAUAUGGUUCACCGUGUCUGGAAGGAAUGCAUUCUCAACAGGUCACAGUCCAAGAGGAAUCAAAUUACAACUGCAAAUUUGGAAGAGGAAGUUCCUAACAAUACAGUUUCUUGGGAUUUUGUGGAUCCAGUCCAAAGAGUCAGUUGUUCUUGUUCCAGGCACAAGGUUUUCAAACAGCGUUGUGCUGCUGGCUCCAGCCGUCCCCCAACGAUAAAUCAGCCAGGCUUCAGCGUGGGAACAUCGUCGUCCUCAGCAUUGCCACCUCCUGCCUCUUCAAAGCACAAAACCACAGAGAGACAGGAAAAAGGAGAUAAGCUGCAAAAAAGGCCUCUGAUGCCAUUUCACCACCGGCCCUCGGUGACUGAAGAGCUAUGCAUGGAGCAGGACACAUCAGGGCAGAAACUGGGAUUAGCGGGAAUGGAGCCCUCUUUAGAAGUCCCCAAUUCCAGGAAAUACGAGAAGCCGCUCUCUAUACCUGCUAGGAAUCCAAGCAAGCAAAUGAAUAUGAAUCCUAUGGAUUCACCCCAUUCCCCCACUUCCCCUCUGCCUCCCACGCUUAGCCCCCAGCCCCGAGGUCAGGAAGCAGAGAAUCUGGACCCACCUGCCGUACCUGUAAACCCAGCACUCUAUGGCAGCGGGCUGGAGCUUCAGCCGCUGCCCAGCUUAGAUGACAGGACAGUCCUGGUUGGACAGAGGUUACCUCUGAUGGCAGAGGUCAGUGAGACAGCAUUGUACUGUGGGGUAAUUCAGAACAAUGAGUCACUGGAUAUGUGGAGGAGCUAUAGUGUCCCUUCAGGUGACGAUCUAGAGUUCAGGCCACCGGAUCUGCCCUGUGAGAGGUACGAUGCCAAGAUGGAAGUAAGCUCGGACAGCACUGCACUGAAAAGGCUCUUAGCACAACCUAAUAAACGGUUUAAAAUCUUGGAAGAGCAGAAACCAGUGCAGACACUGAACUAUCUUGACACCAUGCCUCUACUACAACAACCUGGAGAAGGCCUGGGAGAUGCUAGUGAUCCUUACACCUUUGAAGAUGGUGAUAUAAAGUAUAGCUUCACUGGCAAUAAAAAAUGCAAACUCGGGGCUGAGAAAGAUCCUCUGAAGAAGAACAAGUCAGAAGAUGGAAUUGGUACCAAGGAGAUCCCCACAACAGGUCAUUCCACGCCAGGCCCUGAAGGAAAAGAUGCCAUGUCCAUUUUCAGUUCUGCUCCUAAGACUGAUACCCGGCAAGACAAUGCUGCAGGCCGAGCAGGCUCUGGUAGCCUCACACAGGUGACAGAUCUGGCUCCAUCACUUCAUGAUCUAGAUAAUAUCUUUGAUAACUCAGAUGAAGAUGAGCUUGGUGCCGUCUCGCCAGCUCUUCGCUCAACCAAGCUGCCCGCAGCAGGCUCUGAGGAGCGCCCGCUGGGGAAGGAUGGUAGAGCAGCAGUACCUUACCCACCAACUGUGGCAGAUCUCCAAAGGAUGUUCCCAACACCACCUUCUUUAGAACAACACCCUGCCUUCUCCCCAGUAAUGAGCUAUAAAGAUGGAAUAAGUUCAGAGACCGUGACUACCUUGGGAAUGAUGGAAAGUCCUAUGGUUAACAUGGUUCCAACACAGCUUGCUGAGUUUAAAAUGGAGGUGGAGGACGGAUUAGGAAGCCCUAAACCUGAAGAACUUAAGGAUUUCUCAUACGUGCACAAAGUUCCAUCAUUUCAACCUUUUGUGGGCUCCUCUGUGUUUGCUCCACUGAAGAUACUGCCAAGUCAGUGCCUCCUACCUCUGAAGAUACCAGAUGCCUGCAUUUUCAGGCCUUCUUGGGCUGUUCCUCCUAAAAUUGAACAACUUCCUUUGCCACCUGCAGCCACCUUCAUUAGGGAUGGCUACAACAAUGUGCCUAGUGUUGGGAGUUUGGCUGACCAAGACUAUCUUCAGAUGAACACUCCUCAGAUGAAUACUCCAGUGACACUAAACAGCACUGCUCCGGCCAGCAACAGUGGAGCAGGAGUUCUGCCGUCACCAGCAACUCCCCGCUUCUCUGUCCCUACCCCACGCACUCCCAGGACCCCAAGGACUCCUAGAGGUGGGGGUACUGCAAGCGGGCAAGGAUCUGUAAAGUACGACAGCACAGAUCAAGGUUCACCUGCUUCUACCCCUUCCACAAACCGACCGCUCAAUUCUGUGGAGCCAGCCACUGUCCAGCCCAUCCCAGAGGCCCACAGCCUGUACGUCACCUUGAUCCUUUCUGACUCGGUGUUGAACAUCUUCAAGGACCGCAACUUCGACAGCUGCUGCAUCUGCGCCUGCAACAUGAACAUCAAGGGUGCGGACGUGGGGCUCUACAUCCCGGACUCCUCCAACGAGGACCAGUACCGCUGCACCUGCGGCUUCAGCGCCAUCAUGAACCGCAAGCUGGGCUACAACUCCGGGCUCUUCAUCGAGGACGAGCUGGACAUCUUCGGCAGGACCUCGGACAUUGGCCAAGCUGCAGAGAGGCGGCUGAUGGUCUGUCAAAGCAACUUGAUAUCUCAGAUGGGAGAAGGAGCUCGAAGGACCCAGGAACCUCCGAUGAGCCUCCUCCUGCUGCUCCAGAAUCAGCACACACAGCCUUUCACAUCUCUGAGCUGCCUGGAUUACAUGGCCUCCAACAACCGCCAGACGCUGCCCUGCAUGAACUGGAGUUACGACAGGCUGCAGGCCGACAGCAAUGACUCCUGGGUUGAGUGCUUCAAUGCCCUCGAGCAAGGCAGGCAGUAUGUGGACAACCCCACAGGUGGGAAAGUGGAUGAAGCCCUCGUAAGAAGUGCCACUGUACAUUCUUGGCCUCACAGCAAUGUACUGGACAUCAGCAUGCUCUCCUCCCAGGACGUGGUACGCAUGCUGCUGUCACUGCAGCCCUUUCUCCAGGAUGCCAUCCAGAAGAAGCGGACAGGAAGGACCUGGGAGAACAUCCAGCAUGUGCAGGGACCACUCACCUGGCAGCAAUUCCAUAAGAUGGCAGGACGGGGAACCUAUGGCUCUGAGGAGUCUCCUGAGCCUCUCCCCAUCCCGACUUUACUGGUGGGCUAUGACAAGGACUUCCUGACAAUCUCUCCGUUCUCCCUGCCCUUCUGGGAGAGGCUGUUGCUAGACCCAUACGGGGGCCAUCGGGAUGUCGCCUAUAUCGUGGUGUGUCCAGAAAAUGAGGCCUUGCUCGAUGGAGCCAAAACUUUCUUCAGGGACUUGAGCGCUGUAUACGAGAUGUGUAGACUGGGCCAGCACAAACCAAUCUGCAAAGUGUUACGUGAUGGGAUCAUGCGGGUGGGCAAGAGCGUGGCCCAGAAGCUGACGGACGAGCUGGUGAGCGAGUGGUUCAGCCAGCCCUGGGGCAGCGAGGAGUGCGACAAUCAUUCCAGGCUCAAACUGUACGCCCAGGUCUGCCGGCAUCACCUAGCACCUUACCUAGCCACUCUGCAGCUUGACAGCAGCCUGCUGCUGCCACCUAAGUACCAAACGUCAGCGCCAGCAAGCCAGACACAAACAGCACCUGGGAACACUGGACCUGUACCCUCCAAUUCAGCAUGUCUCUCAGCUGCUGGAGCAGCACCAACAGGCAACUCUUUCAACUCCACACCCGGUGGUGGGACCAGUAGCCUUCCAGCAGGAAGCAGCUCAUCCUCUGGAUCCUCUGUGCCACAGCUGUCAGCAUCCUCUGCAACGCCUGGUGUUAACCAGAUGGCCGCUACCUCUACUCCAGGGUUCAGUGGGAACAUCAGCUCGGGGCAGAACACCAGCACUGGGGCAAACACAGCAGAGCGCACACAAGGAAGCACAGCCCCUGGAGGAGACGCAGAAUCAGGUCAAAACUUACCACAGCAGCCACAAGAAGGACAGGAGGGUGUUACAGAGAGGGAGAGGAUAGGGAUCCCCACCGAGCCCGAGUCUGCCGACAGCAACGCCUAUCCCCCCGCGGUGGUCAUCUACAUGGUGGAUCCUUUUACCUACACUGCAGAUGAAGAAUCCGCCUCAACCAACUUCUGGCUGUUAAGUUUGAUGAGAUGCUACACAGAAAUGUUGGAUAACUUGCCUGAGAAUAUGAGGAAUUCUUUCAUUCUCCAGAUUGUGCCUUGCCAGUACAUGCUGCAGACAAUGAAGGAUGAACAGGUUUUCUACAUUCAGCACUUGAAGUCCUUGGCAUUUUCAGUGUACUGCCAGUGCAGGAGGCCCUUGCCCACACAGAUCCACAUCAAGUCACUCACAGGCUUUGGGCCAGCUGCCAGCAUUGAGAUGACCCUCAAAAAUCCUGAGAGGCCCAGCCCAAUCCAGCUGUACUCGCCUCCUUUCAUACUGGCACCCAUCAAAGACAAACAGACGGAGCUGGGGGAGACCUUUGGAGAGGCCAGUCAGAAAUACAACGUGCUCUUUGUGGGUUAUUGCUUGUCUCACGAUCAGCGGUGGCUUCUGGCAUCCUGCACUGACCUUCAUGGGGAGCUGUUGGAAACCUGCAUAGUCAAUAUUGAUUUACCGAACAGGUCACGGAGGAGCAAGUUGUCAGCACGUAAAAUCGGCCUGCAGAAGCUGUGGGAGUGGUGCAUUGGUAUUGUACAGAUGACAUCACUGCCUUGGAGAGUUGUCAUCGGGCGGCUCGGCCGCCUGGGCCACGGGGAGUUAAAAGACUGGAGUAUCCUCCUUGGGGAAUGUUCCCUGCAGACAAUCAGCAAACAACUGAAGGAGGUGUGCCGCAUGUGUGGCAUCUCUGCUGCAGACUCUCCCUCUAUCCUCAGUGCCUGCUUAGUUGCCAUGGAGCCACAGGGGUCAUUCGUUGUGAUGCCAGAUGCUGUCACUAUGGGCUCAGUGUUUGGCCGCAGCACCGCGCUCAACCUGCAGUCCUCUCAGCUGAACACCCCUCAGGAUGCCUCCUGCACACACAUCCUUGUUUUCCCAACCUCUGCAACUAUCCAGGUGGCACCAGCAAAUUACCCCAAUGAGGAUGGGUUCAGCCCUACUAAUGAUGACAUGUUUGACCUCCCAUUCCCAGAUGACAUGGACAAUGACAUUAGAAUUUUAAUAACAGGGAAUCUUCACUCUUCACCAAAUUCCUCCCCAGUUCCUUCCCCUGGAUCACCAUCUGGCAUUGGAGUGGGAUCUCACUACCAGCAUAGCAGGAACCAAGGGGAACGUCUGCUCUCCAGAGAAGCCCCUGAAGAAUUGAAGCAGCAGCCUCUUGCUCUUGGAUACUUCGUAUCAACUGCCAAAGCUGAGAAUCUUCCACAGUGGUUCUGGUCAUCCUGUCCUCAGGCACAAAACCAGUGUCCCCUCUUCCUGAAGGCCUCUCUACAUCACCAUAUCUCUGUAGCGCAGACAGAUGAGCUGCUACCUGCCAGAAAUUCUCAGCGAGUUCCUCACCCCCUUGACUCUAAAACUACAUCAGAUGUCUUGAGGUUUGUUCUGGAGCAGUACAAUGCACUGUCCUGGCUCACGUGUAACCCUGCCACUCAGGAUCGCAGCUCCUGCCUUCCUGUCCACUUCGUGGUGCUCACUCAGUUGUACAAUGCCAUCAUGAACAUCCUUUAAUUGAUAGGAAAGCACUUGUUCUUCUGGCUUAUUCCCCCCUCAACCUGAGAAACGUGCCACAGUCUGCAAAGAUCACAAUUUUGCUUCUCUUCAGACCAGUCCUGUGCUGUGCUUCUGUUCCUCCAAAAGCACAUGUGAAUUCUGCAGUGUUCAAAACUAAACUACCCAUUAACAUCUCUGGCAGCUUCAGUCCAAAAUCUGGGAACAUCCAAGAACAGUGAACACAGAGUAACCUCAAGCCAGUGUUAGUUUGGUGGCCCAGUAACUACUGGUCAG